CAGCAAUUUGGUAUACUAACGCAAAUCAACAACAAGCUUUUGGAUACUGGGAUACACAAAAUCAAGCUGAUAACCAAUAUGCUAUGUAUCUAUAUGAAUUAUAUCAUCGUUUAGAAACAAAUGCCAAUGUUUAUCCAGAAAUAAAAAAAGUCUGUAAAUUUACUACUGGUUUAAGAACAGAAUUACAAAUAGCAGUAUGUCCAUUUGGUGAAAAUACUUGGGAUGGAGUAGUUAAUAGAGCAAAAACUUGUAAACUUAUUUGUUAUGGUGCUGCAAUGUAUAUUACUUCUAAUCUUAACAACAAUAUUGUUACUCCAACUCCUACAUCUUCUAAUUCUGUUGAAAUUAUAAUGAAAGCUCUCACUAAAU